AAAAAAGAACUACAGAUUGAGGGAGGGAGAGAGAGAGAGAGACAGAGAGAGAGAGAUUAAACAUGCCAGAAAGCAUAUUCACAGAGAUCAAAAUACCUCAUCAUCAGAAACCCUACGAUGGAGAUCUCUUCCCUGCGGUUCUAUCACCAAAACCAAACACCUUUUCAGUCGCCUCUGACGUCACUGUUCUCACAGAAGCCAUCAAAGCUCACAAGCCGUGGCUCGAGUCGCUAAUCCACAAAGCCGGGGCUGUUCUCUUCAGGGGAUUCCCUGUAACAACAGCCGAUGACUUCAACGACGUCGUUGAAGCCUUCGGCUUUGAAGAGCUUCCCUACGUCGGCGGCGCUGCUCCCCGGACCAACGUCGUCGGCCGGGUUUUCACCUCCAACGAGUCUCCUCCCGAUCAGAAAAUCCCUUUUCACCAUGAAAUGGCUCAGGUUCCUAAGUUCCCGGCCAAGCUGUUUUUCUUCUGUGAAGUAGAACCAGGAAAAGGGGGAGAAACCCCUAUUGUUCUUAGCAACAUCGUAUACGAGAGGAUGAAAGAGAAGUACCCAGAAUUUGUGGAACGAUUGGAAGAGCAUGGACUGAUCUAUACGAGAGUGUUGGGGGAAGACGAUGAUCCUACAUCGCCAAUUGGCCGUGGUUGGAAGUCUACCUUCUUGACCAAAGACAAGAGUGUUGCAGAGGAAAGGGCUGCCAAACUGGGUAUGAAGCUGGAAUGGAUGGAAGAUGGAGGAGUGAAGACAGUAAUGGGGCCGAUACCGGCAAUCAAAGUGGACAAGAGCCGACAACGCAAGAUAUGGUUCAACAGCAUGGUGGCUGCUUACACAGGUUGGGAAGAUGCUCGGAACGAUCCUGUAAAAGCUGUCACAUUUGGGGAUGGGAAGCCAUUGCCGGCUGAUAUCAUCUAUGACUGUCUUAACAUUCUCGAUGAGGAAAGUGUUGCCAUUCCAUGGCAAAAGGGUGAUGUUAUACUGUUGGAUAACUGGGCUGUCCUUCAUUCUCGAAGGCCAUUCAACCUGCCUCGGCGUGUGCUUGCUUCGCUGUGCAAGUAAACAAUGAGGCUUUACUUGUCGAUCUCUGUGUAUUGCUUAAUUCUAGCAUUUUAGGGAAGCGUCGGGAAAGAGAUUUGAGCAAAUAGUUUCAUGAAUCACACUAGUAUUGUCUAUUGAGUGAAAUAAAAUGAUGUGAUGUUAAUAUUUUGUGAAACGUCUUACAUAA